GGAGAAUAAAGGAGCCGGUACAACAGAGUUAGUAACUCCGGCACAGGAAAGCGCUUGUUAUCCACUUACCUUCUGGGGCACAGAGUGAGCAAGGAAAACUAGAGAUCCUCUGGAGAAGCCACAGGUCGCACCGCACCCAAGUUAAAAGACGUUACCAAGCCUGGAAAUGGCAUCUGCAGCGAUCGAGAUCCUUGGUCUGUCCCUGAGCAUCCUAGGCUGGGUGGGGGUGAUCCUGGCUUGCGGGCUCCCAAUGUGGCAAGUGUCAGCCUUUAUAGAAAAUAACAUAGUGGUGGCGCAAAUUAUCUGGGAAGGGCUGUGGAUGUCCUGCGUGGUGCAAAGCACGGGACAGAUGCAGUGCAAAGUAUAUGACUCCAUCCUUGCCCUUAGCCAAGAGCUUCAGGCUGGCAGAGCCCUCACCGUCAUGGCCUCCAUAGUGGGGCUCAUCGGGCUGCUUGUGACCAUCGUGGGUGCCAAGUGCACUAACUGCCUGCAAGGGAACAGCGCGAAGGGCCGGGUGCUGCUGGCCGGGGGUGUCAUCUACAUUCUGUGCGGGAUCCUGGUCCUCAUCCCGCUCUGUUGGAUCGCCAAUAUCAUCAUUACCGAGUUCUACGACCCCCGGGUGCCGGCCUCCCAGAAGCGAGAGAUGGGGGCAGCUCUGUAUGUGGGGUGGGCUGCCACUGCGCUGCUCCUGCUGGGGGGCUCCCUACUGUGCUGCUCAUUCGCCAUGAAGGAUGGAAUCAGCAAUCUGCCGGUUAAGUACUCUGCGCCCCGCAUGCCCACCUCCAAUGGGGACUAUGAUAAAAAGAACUACGUGUAGGUGAGUGGCCCCAGGAACUAUCCCUCCUCCCUGCUGGACCUGUACAUAACUUGGCUCCCAGACCUACCCCUGGGGGGCAGCUUUGCCAACUGGUACCCAGGCAGGUGUGUUCCACGGACCUGGCAGCGACUCCGUCCGGUUGGGUUUAUUACAGAUUAUGCCAACCUAAAACAAAUCUCAUCUCUCUAAAGGGGUCGGCAAUACUUAGUGGCACAGACAGGACUUCGGGUUUGAAACUUUAUAGACGUGCAAUGUACAUAUGCAGAUAUACUGUGUAUAUUUAGUUACAAUGGAUUAACCUUCUGCACUGACCAGGUCUCUUAUUUCCAGUUUCUCACUGUUCUGGGUUGCAAGGCAUCUUAAUGCAGCCCCCCAGCUAUCAGGGAUCCAGCCUACAGCAGGUGCUGGCAGACUGACCCAACACAGUCUAUUUCUUAUUCUAUGGGAAGGGCAAAGGAUAAGUUAUUGUGAUCUAUUGUGUAGGAUGUGGCAGCUGGGCAUAUCUCAUUUUAUCCCCAUACACAUAUUGGUUGCCUCUAAAGUUCUUAUUCAAGAUGAAUGUCUGUGGAUAAAAUCCACCAACAUGUGAGUUCAAGCAGAUAAGCUUUGUGUGGGAGGGUAUCCACUUCUAACUCAUGUACAGAUUGUUUCAUUUGUUCUGCAGUGCACUUACCCAGAUAAAUGAGACAUGUAUUUAGUCGAAGUGCAGACAUUUAAAUGUAUAAUAUUAGACUGUGUUUAAGGGCUCUUACACAAGUGCUUUAAGUUGUGUUCAGGGCUUCCAUGUGUCUGAAUGAAUAGAGCCACGUAGGAAAGAAUUGACUGUUUCAUCCUGCACUCCCCUGUGGUGGAACCCAGGAGAAAUCCACUGCUGGGGAAAGCAGGGCAAAUAGAGAGAGAUACAAUGUACAUCUAUAUCUCUGCCCAUUUAGGAAAUGAUUGGAAAAAUUAACUGUCUGAUUUAUUUAUAGAAAAUGCCUUUAUAUCUUUGAAGUGCUACAGAACCUUGUAGUGCAUUGCCAUAACCAGUUUAUCUAUUAUCACCCCGGUUCUGCUAAUAUAAUAAAAUAUAUAAAUACAUAGCAAGCUGUUGCCUUUUGCUGACACUGCUAUAAAGGAGGAGCAUGCCCUUGCACAAGAGCCCUUGUUUCAGGGUGCUGGCCUUUCAAUCCUGUACCCCUAAAUAGCAUAAGUAAUAGUCUCCCAAUGUUCCAAGGCUACACACAUAAUACAUCACCAUAGAAUGAUUAAUUUCAUGAUAAUGGCCAGGGAUGAUCCAGCUUGUGGCCAUUUGGGGUGGGGUACAUUGAGAAAGCAGAUACAAUUUUAUCUAGAGUAGAAACCCAUUGCCAUCAAUUAGAAUUUCAACAGUUCAUUUAUCAUUGGUUGCUAGUGGCAACUACUCCAGAGUAAAAUUACUCUAGUUUUGCAAACUCUUGUUAUAUUCAAACUGCCAGUGCCCAGCUGCAGGUUAGCUAUCUGUUAAACUCACUCUGCGCAACAAUUUGGCAGGGAUGUCCCCCAUCGCUCCUGACACUGCCAUGAAGGUAACUGGAUAUAUUUCUGUGUUGACCAUUCUGUAUAAUGCAGGGCUGGAUUUCUUUGGUACUGUUAAAAAAAGCACUGCAUUCUUUGCUUUAUUUUUUUAUUUGUCUACAGUUAAUAUUAUAUUCAAUCAAGUCUUCAGUUAUUAUAGUGUAUGCAUCAUUUUGUGCAAACCUAUUAAAUCUCUUUAUAUUAUCAAA